CGAUUCAGUGCUUCCGUAACCGUGGUUAAGAAUUGACCGGGUUUAUCCGACUCCACCGAUUGCAGUGCUGCCCGUGUGCCAGCCCGUAGUAGCACAGGAGUGGUACCAAGUGUGUGUGCGUUUCCAUGGAUACGAUCGGGAAGGAUUCGCAAGGAGCCAACAGUCAACCCAGUGUGUGGCCGGUACAAUUCGAUGGCUCGUGUAAAAAGUGCAUUCGGUGUGUUUGCUGGUGAUGUCGUACGCUAGUGUAGUGUAAUAAAAAUAUGCCUUUCGCUUUUGUGCGCCCCGGCAUUUCCCGGCAGUAGUUGAGUGUAGUGUGUAUUUGCCCUAGUGCAUUCGCGUGUAAAUGUUUGCUGCAAGUUUACGGCCGUCUUUCUCCGUUUUACCGUCUAAAGUUUGGUGCAACUAGUAGUAGUUGUUGUUGAAUAUAAAUAUGAAUGCUGUUUUAUCGUUCCUAGACUUGUAACAUUUCUAACUCUGUGUAGUGCCCGGAGGGAUCUUCUCUUUACCGUCUUUCGCUCUCUUUCUCAAUACUCUUCUAUCUACCCUUACCUACCCGUGGCGUGAAAGCCCGCAGCCGCAAAUCUUAAUGUUCAUCUUGUCCCACUACCGCAAACUUUCGGCGUCGAGAGUUUGUCGGGUCCAUCUUCAUCUGCGCCAGUUCAUCCAACAUCUUGACUUUAACGCAUAGUCCGGGCCGCCAAGGACCGUUGUCCUGCAUCCGUAUGGCCAACUGGCGGGCAAGUGCGUGUGAGUGGUUUUUUUGUGUGUGAAUCAGUGUCUAUCAUGUGUGUGUGUGUAUGGUGUGAAUUUAUGGCUGCAUGUUGGGCGCGGCAACAGUAAUUCGUAAGCAUAAUUUAACGUCGCGUUUUAUGUAGCUCUCGAGCACAAAAAAGAGGAAUAUAAAAACGCGUCCAAUUGUGUUUCGCACAAAUGGUGUGCAACUGUUGAAUGAAUGGUUUAAAGUGAUCGUUAACCUGUCGUUGGUGGUUACAUCUUGCAUGUGCUAUAAUGUGAUAAGAAGUCAUUUUGUAAAGUGCGAACGCGUGUGAGCGAGUGGUGUUGUUGUGUUUUUAUGUGCACAUGUGAAAGAAUGGAUUGUUUGUAAUAAAAAAGUAUAAUGCAAUAAAUGCCAUUUUACUACGAUCGAUGGCAUAGGGAGCUGUUUGGUAUGAGCACCGAUCGCGCACAGAAGGAAUUGAGUAGUCAAUUUUAUGUACUGGUGGAAGUGGUUGGAUAUCCGGUUUAGAUUUAUAAUGCCAGCAGCAGUAUGAAAUAAAUAUUCACCCCGAGUCGUAAAAACUUUCCACACUGAAUGAGUUCCAUCCACUUCAUUGCUCGGAUAGCUGGUUUUGCACGAUAAAAAAGGAAAUAGAUUUAAAGCUAAAUCUCCCUAAAGAUAAAGCCAGUUUUUAAGCUGGCUCCCAACAGUCAAAGCCACUUCCGUUUGCCGAACGAAGACUAUAAAUUAAUUAUACCGCGUGUGUGCAACUAAUCCGAUUGUUUGCAAAUUUAUGAGCGCGACGCGCUAAUUGCUGAGCACCUCGGUGAUAGUUGCUGCUGAGAGUAAAACUUAAAACAAAACAAAAACCAGUCGAUUCAAACCGUCAUUUUAUCCGUUCGAAGCGAGGAAAAACUUCGAAGGCCAUACACAACGGACGCACCGUGUCAUCUUUGUCGAGGAGGAUUAAGCAUCGUCGAGCCACAAGCACAAAACAACAAAACCAUCUCCAAGCGCGUGUGUACGAGUGAUUAGUGUGCGCGGAAACACGGGAGGAAAAGCGAGUGAAAAUCCCGAUGACGCUCCGGAACCGCGACCGAUCGGAAAAAAAGAAAAUUAAUCCUUUCACGCCCCGUCCCUCGGUGUUUUCCGGCUGCUUACGGGCGGCAAACGUAAUUAAGUGCUUAACGUGGGCUGAGUGUUAGCUCCCAGUGACCCAGUGUGUUUGAGAGAGUUGUGUGUGGACAACGCUUUGCUAUUGUAAAUCUGGCCCACCAUAUCGUCCUGCUUUACGCGAUACAAUGAAGCUGCUGGUAGGAUUUUUGUUCGUCUCCGCAGUCAAUUUCCCCAUCGCAACUGGCACGUUGCGCCGUGCGCUGGUCCUGCCCGAGACGGAGUACGAAAGAAUUCUGGAACAGUCGGUACCGUCGAACCGGAAUGCCGUGAGCGUGGAUGGAGGAUCGUUCGGCACGGUGACGUUUCGCUGCGAGGAUGGAUUCUUCCGGUGCAACAACACGCUUCAGUGCAUCGAGCAGAGCAAAAACUGCAACGGAUUGCCCGACUGCGAUGACGGGUCGGACGAGCUGCAGUGUGAUGAUGACGUUGGAAGGAAUUAUUAUGAUCAUUACUUUCGCAAGCGACCGGCUGCCAUCAACGAUCAGCUUCCGUCUACGCCCUGCAGCUGGAACGACGCCAACAACACCUGCAAAUGUCGCGGGACGGAUGUGCUGUGCGAGUACAAGGGUCUCACCUCGUUACCGGCGGCACUCACCUCGGAAAACGUCACACUACUCGAUCUCACCGGCAAUGUGUUUAUUGAGCUGAAUAUGAAUGCGUUCCAGCGGUUUCCAAAGCUCAGCACAUUGGUCCUGCGGCACUGUUCAAUCGAGCGAAUCGAACCGGACAAGCUGGCCAACAGCAUUGACGCCCUACAUCUGGACCAGAACGGGUUGACAAUGCUUCCGGAUAACUUUUUCCCACCCGGGACGGUGCUGAGAAUUCUGGUUCUGAGCGGCAACAGAAUAAACCGGCUGGGAAGCAAGAACUUUGUAAAUCUGGAGUUUCUUGAGGAGCUCGACUUAAAAGACAACCAGAUCGAUUCACUAACGGAGGAUGUGCUGGUACCGUUGACGAAUCUUCGCAUACUGUAUCUAAAUAAUAACAGACUCCGGAAGCUGGUACCGGGCAUGAUACCGCAGCUGGUAACGCUGCAGACACUGUCACUGGCGAAGAACCAAAUCGAAACGAUAGAAGUUUGUGCCCUGGAUCUUCCAUCGCUCGAGCAUCUCUAUUUGUCGGAGAAUUUACUCACCGUCAUCCGAAACGACACGUUCGGCAACCUUACGAAUUUAGUAGGAUUAUUUUUAAAUAGCAACAAAUUAACCCAUUUCGAGCUGGAUGCGUUCAGCGGAAUAGCCAAGCUGGCAACACUCAACCUGCAAGGAAACCGUUUUGAUCGGAUCGAUCGGCGCGUGCUGGAUAACCUCACAAACCUGCACCACAUCCACUUCACCGAAUUUCAUCACUGCAAGGCCGCUCUGCACGUGCGUGUCUGCGAGCCAAAAGGCGACGGUAUUAGCAGCAACCGGCAUCUGCUCGAUAAUCCCGUGCUGCGAGCCAGCGUGUGGAUAAUGGCGGCGGUAGGUAUUGUCGGCAAUAUACUGGUACUGUUCGGUCGCUAUAUGGUAGGAUCGCGCAGCAGUCAGGCACACGCCGAACACUCCCUGUACUUGCGCCAUCUGGCGGCAAGCGAUCUGCUAAUGGGUGUUUAUCUUGGCAUCAUAGCAACCGCUGACAUUAUCUUCAGGGGUGAAUAUCUCACGCACGACGAGGAAUGGCGCAUGAGUUCGAUCUGUGCGUUUAGUGGCUUUCUGAGCACACUCAGCUGCCAAUCGUCGACCCUGCUGCUGACACUCGUCACCUGGGACCGACUAGUGUCGGUAACGCGUCCACUCUACCAACGCUCGAGCAGCAAAACGCGCGUCAUCCUGCGGCUAGCCCUGCUGUGGGGCGUUGCAACGGCAGCGGCAGUUGCGCCACUGUCCGCGACCGAGUACUUCGGACCACACUUCUACGGCAGCAACGGCGUGUGCCUGUCCGUGCACAUUCACGACCCGUACGCGAUGGGCUGGGAGUAUUCGGCCGGUCUGUUCAUACUGGUGAAUACGGUUUCGCUGCUGUUCAUCGGCAUCUCGUACCUGAGGAUGCUGCAGGCGAUUCGUGUGUCCCGCAACGAAACUCGAAACACGCUGAACUGCCGGGAAAAGGUGGUCGCCAGAAGGUUCGCCAUCAUCGUUGCAACCGAUUGUGUCUGCUGGAUGCCGGUGAUUGUAGUCAAAUUAGUUGCACUGGCAGGGUAUGAAAUCUCUCCUUCGCUGUACGCGUGGCUAGCGGUGCUGGUGCUACCAAUCAAUUCCGCUCUCAAUCCCGUGCUGUACACACUGACGACGGCCCAGUUCAAGCAACAGCUUGCACGCUUCUGCUAUUCGCUACCAUGUGGCGCUCACACAGAAUACGAUUCAGCCAUCGACUCGCGGAACUCGAUGGCUCAGUUUUCCCACAACGGAAGCAAACGUUUGAUGAAUCGAAGGGAACGGCUCUCGUCAAACACGAAGGUGUACGAGUUCAAAUAGCAGUUGUCGAACGGGGGAGGAAGUGGCCGGCGCAGUGUCCGCUCGGUCCGGCACCGUCCCUCCGACGCGUCCGAUACGUCCGACCACCGUCACCACCGGCACUGCUUCCUACCGAACAGUGUCCACCACCAAUCGAAGCAAGGCCAGCCGGGCACGGGAUCGACGGGAAUGUUGCGCGUGCCCUCCUCGCUACCCUCCUCACCCUCGACGAUCAUUACCAACAUCGAACAGGAUCGCGAAGAGCGGGACCGGCCGAUCGAGAUGGCGGCACUGGUUGUGUACGACCAGAACGGACCAACACAGAACCGUUCUUAUGCGUCGGCCGGUACUGUGCCGAGCUACGGCCAAAGCCAGAGCCAGGGACACAUCGCACCGGCAAUGCACGGUGGCCACCGGAAGCAUCGAUCGGCAACGGCCGUACUGAUGCUGAUGGAACGCUGCUCCAACUCCAGCACGGAAACGUUCGACUUUUAACUGACGCCGGUGGCUGAAAAGUGUGGGGGGGAAAAGUUGGAACAGGAACAGGUAGACAAUGUCUGUGAUAAAGAUUUACCCCUUUGGAGGGGAUGGAGAUUAAACGGCCCUCCUUGUACUGCACCCAACGAACGCGGGAAAAUGGAAGUCGGUCAAUUUUACCAACGAAAGUUUGUAUCGAAUGUGUGUCUGUAAUUUUUUCCCAUACGCUUCCGAGGAGCUUAUUUUAACUGGGGGUGGGGGGAUACGGAGCGCUAGUGAUGAUGUAAGGUUGGGUACCAUUUUACACAAAAUUUAAGUAAACAAAAACCAGCUUACUGUACGAUUAACGCACAACGUUUAAGAAUUUUUAACAUGAGAUGAAACAAACAAAAAGUCAUAGUUGAUAGUGAGAGGGUUGAUUUUAUGUAAAAGAUUUAACUGUUGUACACGUUUGGGAAGUAAAGAGUGGGUAACGUUAAGGAGCAUAAAAGAGGCGGUAAUAUUUUGCUUUAUUUUAUUUUUGAUGAAAUUUCAGGGAUCCUUUAAGGGAAAAUUAACGUCUGAGGUUAUACAAUUCGACUUUUAAAAUCACAUGGUAACGAAUUAAAGAAAAUUGCAUACAUUCAGGCGUUGGGCAAUCAAACGUCACAACCCACGGCGAUUAAAUCGAGAGAGAAUCGUUCGGAUACGUGUUCCAGCAAAUCACGUAAACACUUGCUUUAAGUUUUGAAAUUUUUCCAUAUUUUAUUCCAUCCUAUGCUCUGCACAUCGUCCCCAUAUUUUCAGAUCACUCAGGCCACCCCGGUGGAGUUGUACUCCCUACCUCCGCCUACCUGGCCCCUCCCCACCGGUGUUCGGUUUCGGUCCCAAAUUGCCUAGAUUACGUUACGUUUUUAGCUUUUACAAAGUAAAUGACUGCUUCCGCUGUUGCAGCUUUAAUGCGCCUAAGGAUAUGCUUCGUAACAGCCGCCGCCUCCCGAGUACGGCGUGUUGUGGAACCGAUCGGAACCGAAUGUACUCGAAUGUACCGUCUUCUGUUCCCAAACUCGUCUACGUCUCAUUCGAUGGACGUUCCAGCAUGCCCAUGAGCUUGAUUUCUUUUUCUUUCCUUUCUCAUCCCAUUCCCCCGUAUUGGUCUUUCGAAUGCUUAACAACGUCUAGUAGGAAAUCUUUUUUCGUUUUACUUUCUUCUGC